AUUCAAGAGACCUAAGCAAUGCCUCAUUAUUUGGUUAUUUUUUCUGGAGACACCACCGAGGAUGAUAUCGAAGUAUACGCAGAGUCACUAAAAGAAAAUGAUUUUGAAGUCAGCAAUACUAUCAUGGGAACGAUAUUCAAAGCCGUGCCCGUUUUCAUACCUCAAGCAGGCUGUAUGGUUAUUCAGCAAAGAUUCAGAGGAGAGGGCGGCCUCCGUGCACUUUUAAGACAAGGGAAUUUUGAAAAUAUUAUAGCUGUGAUAAAUGAUCCGUAAUAGACAAAAAGGCCAGG